CAGAAAAAAAACAAACUACUACUAAAAAUUUAAAUUAAUGUCAGUAUGUAAUAAAAUACUCAUAGUACAGUAAUUGAUUAAUACAAGAAAAAAAAAAUCAUGCUAUAAUGUUUGUUCAGUAAUUUAAAACAAAAGUGUAAAAUAGGAAUUAAUUGGAAAAAAGUUAGUUAAUUCUAAUACUGUUAAACAUUUAUAUAACAAUACAUAAUCUAGUUAUUGUUUUUACUUUAAAACACAAUUAAUUAGAUUACUUAGCCUUAAGCUAAUUAGUUUGUAGGGAUGUCUACCUGAUUAUCGGGCCUUACGGCUUACAAACUUUAGUUUAAAACAAUGUUGAGUUUACAGUAAAGAUGAGUGGAAAUCUUUAUGUUUCUACCCCAGAGAAAUGUGUAGUAGCUUUUUUUUCCUCCCCUUUUAAGCCAGAUGACAAGCAGUGUGCAGCAACAGGUCGGGGAGGGGCAAAUGUGCUUUUCUCGAUGCUCCGCACGAACACAGUAAGGCAAAUCCUCCGACAUCUAAAGCUAAAUGUUUGCAAUUUGUAAACCGUAACUUGGGAUUCCUUGUUACCCAAUGAUCUGAUAGGUAAUGAUAUGCACAUCUUUUCAUAAAUAACGCUGCUGUUUUAUUCUUUAACGGUCAUAUUGGUCCAUAUUGACAAUACAUUGUUCACCAGGUGUUCUGGGCUCCCGUUUUCUAGUCCUAUUUUAACUUGAACGGAUCUAACGAGUGGCUGUUGCUCCGUCAUAAAAGACAGCUAGACUCAUUAAACUCAUGUGUUCAGAACUGAGAAAUUAUGACUUUGCCUCAUAAUUUCCCUGAUUAUCUGUGUGACUGGGAUUAGUAGAGCGGUGGAGCAAGGCAAAUUUAGCCUAUGUGGUAGCUCUGAUUUGAGACCACGCAGUCAAACGAGCGCACUUUGCUGUUUUUCCGACUUGGAGCCUGUAGAAAAAGUUGAAUUUGUCCAACAUUUAGAGUAAUAUUGUCACAUGUAACGCAUCUGACUCAUGUACAUUCGCAAUAACAAAGAUGGGCAAAAUCUGAAUUGAGCACUCUGAAGUCUGCUUUCAUUUCACUUUAACAAAGGGAGUUCACUAAAGGCUAACUGUGUAAACUCAACAAUAUACAGCCAGUUAGUAAUUAUGCAUAUUAUAAAGACGCAAAACAUGUAAAAUCACUCUUGUCUUUUUUUUCACCUCCCUAAAUUUGCACAUAUGUUCAUUUGCAUAGUAAAAAGAAGAUUUAUUCUGACUUCCCCAAAAUUUAAAAAAAAAAAAAAAAAAAAAAAAUUCAUAAGUCUUCACUUGCAACUGUUGGGUCACAAAUAGAUAAAUAAAUAAAUCUCUUGCAAUAUUCACCCGAGGUGGAGUUGGAAAUUCAAAGGCAAAAUGAUGUUGAAGUAACCCGAGUUAUGAGAAAAAGAGGGUGGAAACGAUGAGUUUGCUAAGUGCAUCUUGCAGGUUGCUUGUCUGCAUUGCUGCAUGUGUCUGUGUUGCUUUGAUCAAAAAAAAAGAUGGGUAAAAAUGAAAGGUCUAGAUUGUGUGUGUGUGUGUUGCCCUGAAAAAAAGAAAAAAACACAGUUGUAUACAUACAAGGGCUUGAGUGUACGGGCUUAAAUAAGAAUAGAGGAAGAGAGCUGCGACACACAUCUGGUUUGAAAAGGAGGAAGCAAGGAUCAGCUUUCUCGGUAACAAAGUCCAAAAUAGGAGAACAGAGAAGAGGAAACAUGUGUGGUUACUUAUGGGGGGUCUGUGUUGUGAUGUGUUGAUGUGCACUUGCGCUUGUGCAGGAAUUGCAUCUGGCUGCGUGCUGCUGGUCUGAGUGUUUGCGGUUUUGUCAUCUGUCUGCAUCGACUUGAGGCAACAACGCAUGCAAGGCUGCAAACUACAAACAAUGGCUUCCAAUGCGGAGCUGGGGUCGUGGGGUCAAUUAGUCGCUGCUCCGGCGUUUGUUGCAUAACCCCAGUUUAAACCAGGAUGUGCCAUUCAAAUGCGGCACGAAAGCGCAAGCCGGAGCUCAUUCACAGGCCAUGAAGAGUGUGUGAUUGUGUGUGUUUACCUGUGCUGGGACAUCGGGCAGUCUUGAUUUGCGUAACUGUUGGCUACAGGUCACAAAGCAGGAUUGUGGAGUGACACCUACAAACCUGAAGGGCCGUGAGAGAUGGACGAGAACGGGACGCUGGAGGACAACGAUGCGUUGUGGGAGAAGGUGGAGUGCAAGCGCUACGAGCUGUGUCGCAACAUCACUCCAGCGAAGCUCACCCCGUACCUCCGACAGUGCAAAGUGCUGGACGAGCAGGACGAGGACGAGAUCCUCAACUCCCUGCUGCUCCAGGCGAAAGCAAACCGCACGAGUCGCCUGCUGGACAUCCUUCGCACCAAAGGAGAGCGGGGAUAUGGGGCGUUUCUGGAGAGUCUGGAGUUUUACUACCCUGAACUGUACAAGUCGGUCACAGGGAAAGACCCAACGAGACGAUUCUCCACCAUCGUCGUCGAGGAGGGCCAGGAGGGUUUGACGCAGUUCCUCAUGAAUGAAGUGAUGAAACUGCAGAAGAACACCAAGGUCAAGACCCUGCAGAACACGGAGCUCAGCAGGAAGACCCGCACGUUGGAGGACGAGUACAAGAAGCUGCGCUUGGCUAAUCAGGAGCUUCAAGCCUUCCAGCAGAGGUAUAACAAACUGAGAGAGGAGAGGAACUCCUUCAGCGACGAGCUGCUGAGGAUAAAGGAUGAAAACUACAAGCUGGCCAUGAGGUACGCCACGCUGAGCGAGGAGAAGAACAUGGCCGUGAUGAGGAGCCGAGACCUGCAGCUGGAGAUCGACCAGCUGAAGCACACGCUGAACAAAGUGGAGGAGGAGUGCAAGAUGGAGAGGAGGCAGAGUCUCAAGCUGAAGAACGACAUCGAGAGCCGACCCAAGAGAGAGCAGAUCUUCGAGCUGGAGAGGGAAAACGAAAUGCUCAAGAUCAAGCUGCAGGAGCUUCAGUCCAUCAUACAGCCUGGCCCCUUGCCUGCGUCAGACAAGGCCAUCCUCGACAUUUUGGAGCAUGACAGACAGGAAGCCCUGGAGGACAGACAGGAUCUGGUCAACCGCCUCUACAACCUCCAUGAAGAAGUUCGACAGGCGGAGGAACUACGAGAUAAGUACUUGGAGGAGAAGGAGGAGCUGGAGCUGAAGUGCUCCACCCUGCAGAAGGACUGCGAGAUGUACCGCAACCGCAUAGACACCAUCUCCGCUCAGCUGGAUGAGGUGGAGAAGGAGAGGGACCAGGCGUUUCGGGCCAGAGACGAGGCCCAGCAUCACUUCUCUCAGAGCCUCGUCGACAAAGACAAAUACCGUAAGCAGAUCAGAGAGCUGGAGGAGAAGAGCGACGAGCUCCACAUCGAGCUCGUCCGCAAGGAAGCCAAGCUGGUGGCGCUAGAGAGUCGCCUGCGACGGAUGUCCAAGGACAUUCCCCUGGACCAGAGUUUGCCGAGGGACAUGCCGUUGCCCAUCAUCUCUCACGCGGCCGAGGAUAAACAAUGCUGGUCCAGCGAUGAGUCGCACGAGGAGAAGUGUCCGUCGGACGAGCCACGACUCAAACGCAGGCCGAACCUUAAAGCGGGGCUCCGAUGUAAGUCUCCGGUUUCGGGGCUCAGAGACAAUCCGAUCACCUCAGAUGCCAGCCAUCGUACCGUCAACGGAGAUUUCCUAGAGAUCCAGACGCCAAACGUCAACGGCAACAACAACUCUCUCCCUCCGUCUCCCAGUUUCCCAGUUUCCCCAACGUUCCCACUGCCCUCGGCUCCGUCAUCCCUACCGAACAUGUACCCCUGUGUGGAGCAGUGCAGGCAAAAUAUGCUCCGUUACCGUAACGACAGCAUCAUGUCCAUCGUCCCAGAGCCUCCCGAGAAGGCAUCGCUGUACAGACGAGAGAGGGAGAAAGAAAACGACUUCCCGCUCCGCAGUCUCUCUGACUUCGAUAGUGACAACAUGGAAAUGGAGUGUGAAGAUGGCCCUAACUCUGUGAUCUCGUCGUCAUCCUCCCAUCAAUCAGAGGGAAUGGACACGUACGAUCUGGAGCAGGUCAACAAUAUCUUCAGGAAGUUCUCUUUGGAGAGGCCGUUUCGCCCGUCUCUGUCCUCCUUCUCCAGAAUCAGCUCCACCAUCAAGCCGGUGCAGGAGGUGGCGCUGCAAGGCGACAACCUCUUGAAGGACGUCAUGCUGGUCGGUGGCAACGAGAGCGGGAUUUUCAUCUCGUCGGUUCAGGCUGGGUCCAACGCCGAGAGAGCAGGGCUGCGAGAAGGCCACCACCUCUUGCUGCUGGAGGGAUCCGUAAGAGGGGAGAACCAGAGCCUUUCCCUGGACACCAGCACUCAGGAAGAAGCCCACUGGACGUUGCAGCACUGCUCCGGACCAAUCAAGCUGCACUAUCGAGCCAGUUUUGACUCUUAUCGUCGGCUCCAGAGCAACCUGUCCGACGGCACGCUGGCGUCUGGAGACUCCUUCUACAUCCGAGUCAACCUGAACAUCUGCGGACAGUCGGACAGCUGCUCCCUGAACGUGCGCUGCGACGAGGUGGUGCACGUUCUGGACACCAGGCACCAGGGCCGCUGCGAGUGGCUGUGCGCCCGCGUCGACCCCUACAGCGGAACGGACCUGGCCGAGCGCGGCACCAUACCCAGCAACUCGCGAGCUCAGCAGCUGCUGCUGGUAAAGAUUCAGAAGUUCGUCUGUCGAGGAGGGAAGGAAGAAAAUGAAGGCCACCGCACCAGCAGGGCAAGCAGCUUACAGCCAGAAGAGGCCGGCUCCCCUCCUGAUAUUAAGGCCAGCCCUCGCUUGUCCAGAGCCAGUAUCUUCCUCAAUCAGAUCCUGCAGUUUGUCAGCAGGGUGGAUAUCAAGUACAAGCGCCUGAACAGCAACGAGCGCGUGAGGAUCAUCAACACUUGCAGUGCAACACUAGCGAGGCAAAGCUUCGAGCUGCUCAGACAAGAAGGUGAGCGGACGAGCCGACACUUCUUCAGCAGCAACAAGGAAACUGAAGCGAUUGUGAAGAGUCACACUGAAGCCGCCUGAACUCCGUCUAAGGUC